UUUCUUUCCAUUUUUUUUCGUGGAAUUAUUUUUUAACAACACUAAAAUUCUGUAUUGAUAAUUAUAUAAAUGCUUAGUGUAAACUAAAUUAAAAUGUUGUUUUAUCUUAGACUUUUAAAUAACACGAAAAAUCCAUUUCAAAUUCCAUUAAAGUAAUUGUUUAAAAUAUGAGAUUUCCAAACAUCACGGAAACAUUAAUGAUGGUACAGAUACUUUGGUACCAACAUACAGUCAUAAAGUAAAUAUUAUGACUAAAUAAUAAUUAUUGUGCUCACUGUGCACUAUAUUAUGCAUAAGUAAAUACGCACUUCAGUACGUGUUUGUAAUUUUGUAUCAUUUCCUGUCAGUUACCAACACUAGUUAUUAGAACUUUAACACUUUUUUUUCAAACACGAGAAUUCUGGUUAGACAGCCGUUGCCCGAGAACAGCGCCAGCAUCGUGCAACUCGUCAAUUGGGCGCAGGGUCGGACGAUAGGGUGUGGAGAUCGGCGAAGGGUUGUGAAGUCAGCUUGGUUCUGUCUAGUUACCUUGGCCGCCGUCCAUUCUUUCGAACGUAUUGCGCGCGCGUGUGUCUUUAUCCGUGUUCGUCUCAUUGUAUUAUAUGUGCCGGUCGAUAUAUUUGAGUUUUCGUGAAAUGCGUCAUAGGAAGCGUGCGUGACCUUCGUUUCUAAUUUUUUUUAAAACGUUGAAAUAAUGAAAACAAUAAAGUUGUUACAUUACAUGACAUCGACGUCUUAUUUCACUUGUUGAUUUACGCGUUCUGUAAGAUAUGACUGUUGUUUUGUUGUGAGUAUUUUUCGAGUACAUAUAAUAUUAUUAUUAGACCGAAUCUAACUUUUCAUUUUACUGUCACCACCGUGUUCGUAUACUUGUAGACUUAUUUAGCGAUCACACUUAAUCGAUCGCUAUCUUUCUAUCGAUCUAUCUAUAUAUUAUAUAUAUAUUAGUAUACAAUAUAUUAUCGCAGUGCAAAAGACAACCGCUGUAACGCCACGACACGACAUCGAAUUCGAAUUCCACCUGUUGACUGCAAACUAUAAGGUUUUAGUUAUUAUUAUCAUUUAACGCUUUUGCUAUAUUGUACGCUUGGUGCUAUUGGUAUUAAAGAUUUUGAUAUGGACAAUACUGUCAAUGAAAGUGACAACAACUGUCGUACAUCGGAGGUAAAUACGGACGGAGAUAAAUACCACGAACAAUUCAACCGUCUCAAUGUUUUAUCUAUACCUGAAUACACCAUUGAUAGUAACGAGGAUGAUGACGAGACAUGUAAUAAUAAUGAUGCAAUUAUAACUAUAGAUUCUGAUGAUGAUUUAGAGGAGAUUGAAGUGAUUGAACAAGUCAAUCGGAAAAUGUUAAAUCGCAAAAUUCGUAGACUUAAAUAUAAAAUAAAACGUGCCUUUAAUUUAAUAUUAAGAUAUUAUUCACACUGUAUACCGAUUAGCGAAGUAUUAAAUCUUGAAAAUAAAAUCAAUAGUCUAAAAAGUGCUAGAAGAAAUUUUAACCAUAUGCUAAAUGCAGAAUCCACACAACGACCACCUAUGUCAAAUGAUCAGUUUUUAUGUAGGGUACAGACGUUGCGGCGUAGGUACUUUGAAGCUAUUCAAUUAGCGCAUUCCUUAUUAUACAUUUUGUCUGAUGAAGAAUAUAUCGUAUAUCCAAUGUCUGAAAAUUGGCCAUUUAUGAACGAUAUUAUCUUGAAACGAGAUUUUGAUUUAUCAGUUAAUCGAGGUACCGAUGGAGAAAUAGAAUCUCAUGAGUUGGAUUUUUUUGUCCAAAAUAUCGAUUUUAGCGAUACUGAAUCCUCAAAUAGUGAAUUCGAAACAUCGACGUCUUACAACAAAAUUACACCUGUAUGUCCUAAUCAAUUAAUCAAAAAUGAAGAUAGCCAUAUUAAGGCACGACGUAAAGAACGAUUACAACAGCGUCAAAAGCUACGAAAUCGCUUCAAAAAAGUUCAUCAUCAGUGUUAUAGUGAUGAUGGUCAAUCACCAUCGUCAUCAAAAAUGAGAUAUUGUGAAAAGAAAAACAAAUUAAGCAACAACAAAGCUAGUGUUAAAAAUUCUGCAGCUACGUCAUCGACUUAUUUAUCACCAAAUAAAGAUGUUACUGUUAAUAAAGUUAAUGUAGAAGUUAUUCAGUUUGAUACAAGUGACAGUGAAUAUAGUGGUAGUUCAUCAAUAGAUAAAUGUGAUCUAUAUCAUAAAAAUCUUCAAAAGCGUUUAUGCAAAGCAGCUUGUCAAACCCAACUAAAAAAUAGUAAUUUGUCAUUCUUAGAAAAUAAAUCAACGUGGGACGUACCAGUAUCUCGGUCAGCGCUAAAAAGCAAACAGGAAACAUUUGAACAAGAUAAUAAUAGUAACCAAAAUGAACCAUCAACAUCUAUGAUGGGACAGGUUCAAAAAACCAAAAUCCAUGUCGGCGAAACCCGAGAAGUAUCCGAACUCGCAUGUGCUGUUAUAACAGAGCAAAUGACUGAUAUUGAAACGGGUACAGUGAUUGAUGGUCGUGACGAAGUUAUUGAACCACUGCGCACCGACGUUGAUUGUGUAAAUCAAAAAGUUAAUAGUUCACACAAUAGAAACGUUACUCUGAGGGAAACUGCGCAAACAAUCGCAGGGGUGACGAGGGCUUUGUCAUCGUCCCAUACUAAAAUAUUUCAGAGUAUCUCAAGAAUGGCCGAUGCUUUGUAUAAAACAACGACUGAAUCGAUUGCAGGACCAACGGAAGAAGCAAGACCGGGAAAAGAAGAUGAAUCGGUAGAAAUAGAAAUUGUAGAAGAAAAUCUAAACAUAAAGUUUAUGCAACAACACAUACUAAACGACAUUCAACAAAUGUUGGACUCUAUUUGGAAAUUAUUAAAGGACCCACUCCCCUCCGCUCGUGUAGAGUCGUCAAUAUCGGCCUUGUCAAUUACUGUAGAUACGAGAAUGCAAUGGGCGGAAGAAGUAGCAAAUAAAAUAGUUUCUAGCCGAAGAAUAAAUACAUAUCCACCAUCUAACAUACCCACUUUUGCCGCUCAGAUUUCCAUAAUCGAGUCUCAAAAAACAACUCUAGACACACAUCGAAUUCACCUAAGCCCCAGCCGACUGUCGGACGACAUGUUGACAAGCCAACAGCAGGAACCAAGGUCUCCGGUAGUGCGUCAACAUAAGCGACUCUCACCACCCACCAUCAUCAUUACUCCCCCACCUUACGAUCCAGAAUCGUUAAUUACUGAGGAGCUUCCCACCCGAUGUAAUAGGAGUCUCGGAGGAGUUGAAACUUACGGGUUUACGUCUCGCAAAAACACGAAAAACUUGUUGGCGCCACCGAAAAUUAAGUGUCAGCGCCGUAGUCGUAGUCGGACCCGCGACCCCUAUCUACCGCGACUUUGUUCACUGUCACCACCCAACAGUCGUACACGCAACGUUUCCCGGGAGCAGAAGCGGGAGAGGUCGAGAUCACCGCUGGCCGGGCCGAAAUCACUCGUUAGUCUUUCUGUACCCACAACCCCUCAUUUACCGCCGUCGCUACCGACAUCGCAGCUGCCUUGUUCACCUCCCUCCACAAGUACCGACAUUACCGCGAGCACCGCUAUAGCGGUAGUAACAACCGAAACAAUUGCGGAGCGAUCUGAUUUGUCAGCGCCACCGUCACCGCCAGAAGCGCUUAGGUCGACCCUGCUGCCGACGUCGAACGACGACGGUGGUACUGCUAAUUUUUCACAGACUGCACUCGCGUUACUAGAACUUUCCGAACAGUCGCCGAUAUCCGACCAAACCGUCGACACUCGUGUUGUUGACAACCGAACUGCGCAAACAACCGCUACAGCUAACACUAUCACUGUAACCUCCGCUGCCGCCGCCGCCGACGACAACGAAUUAAUGUCAAACAGCGGUGUGUUAGCAACCACCGCUGUCGGCGGUGGCGGCCUCGCAAGGAGACCGGCGACGAAGCGACAGCGGUCCCGCGAUAAGAGCAAUUCGCCAUUGAACGCGCAAAAACUUAAACUGUCAUCAUCUGAAGACGUCGAACAACAAUCCGACAAACAGUAGCCAACGGUGAUGUUUCUACGAAAACUGUAACUAUUAGACAAUGUGUAUUUUAAUUUUAAGAAAAUAAUGUAAGUUAGAUUUAGCCUUAUUUUUGAUUUUUUAAAUUUUUUUUAUGUACGGAAACUCUUUUUGUUUCUUGCUCGAGUCUAACCGAAGUAUUAUCAUACCCGUGUACGUACUAUUUAUCAUCAGUUCGAUUCCAUUGAAUUUAAGAUUUAUUUGUUAGGUUACAAAAAAAAAAAAAAAACAAACGUAAUUAGAAUAGUUGUUAAUUAGUUAUAAUUAGCAUAGUGUUUAAAACCACGGAUUCGGAGUUUAUUCUUCGAAAUGGUGGCAAUGUGUCGAAAUAUUAAAUUAGUGGGGCGCACUUAGGUUCCAAUUUUGGGACUCUGUGCGACGAGUAAGCUGUAUAAUAAAAAUUCAAAAGGACAAUUAAUUAUAAGUUACACGCUAAAAUAAAAA